CCAGCAGGCCACAGACAAAGCCCUGAAUGCGAUCCUUAUUGUGGUCCUCUUUGUCAUCAUGGUAUCUCUGGGGUGUACGAUGGAGAUAGCCAAGAUCACAACUCACCUCAGGAAACCCAAAGGUGUGGCAAUUGCCGUAAUGGCUCAGUAUGGCGUCAUGCCUUUGACAGCAUUCAUAUUGGGCAAGCUCUUCCAGCUGAGUGCUGCAGAAUCCCUGGCCAUCCUCAUCUGCGGCUGCUGCCCGGGGGGGAACCUCUCCAACAUCUUUAGUCUGGCACUGAGAGGGGACAUGAACCUCAGCAUUGUAAUGACCACAUGCUCAACGGUCCUGGCAAUUGGACUAAUGCCUCUGCUUCUGUACCUUUACUCGGGAGGACUAUAUGAGGGCGAUUUGGAGGGCAAGGUGCCUUACAAAGGAAUAAUCACCUCCCUGGUCCUAAUGCUAAUCCCCUGUGCCAUCGGCAUCAUCUUGAAUGAGAAGAAACCACAGUACACUGGCUUUAUCAUCAAGGCAGGGAUGGUUGUCCUUCUACUAUCAUCUGCCGCAAUAAUUGUACUGUCCGUGGCCAAUGUGGGAAGCGGUAUCAUGGUCAUCUUUUCACCUUCCCUCCUGGGAUCUUCUGCCUUGAUGCCUUUUAUUGGAUUCCUGCUGGGCUAUGCUCUCUCCGCAGUCUUCAAGCUUAAUGACCGAUGCAGGCGGACAGUGUGCAUGGAAACUGGCUGCCAGAAUGUACAGCUGUGCUCAACUAUUCUCAAGAUUGCCUUCACCCCAGAAAUCAUCGGCCCCCUGUACUUCUUCCCACUGCUCUACUUACUGUUCCAGCUUGGAGAGGGACUUCUGCUGAUCCUGGUCUUCAGGAUCCAUGACAGAAUAAAGAAACCAAAUGGCAAAUGCAGCAAAAACGAUCUGCACAACUGUGGAUGCGGUUAG